ACAAGCGUCAAUCGUCUGAAAACAGUCUACGCCACCGCGCCAAUCCGGCCGCACGUACCUCGCGUACAUUCAUCUCGUAACCCGGUAGUGCAUUAUACUUUGGGACCGAAGCCAAUAUCAAGCUAUAUUCGGAACACACAACCAUGGCGACAGGGUGGCUAGCGUGGGAAUGCGUAGUGUUCGGCGUGUUCGUGUGCGCGACGUCCUGCGUGCCGCUGUGGCGCGCGCGCGGCGCCCGCGCAGGGGGCAGCGCGAAGCGUGCGUACAUAUUCGCGGGCGGCGGGGUCAGCACGCUGGCUAUGGUGCUCUCAGUCGCUAGGGGAACGCUCGGAGUUAGAAGCUUUUUGGGUUUUCCAUCGGAGCUGGUCUACCGAGGCUCCGCGAUGUGGGAGACCCUGUACGGGAUGAUCCUGGCCUUCCCCAUCGUCUGCUGGGUCUUCGUGCCGGUCUACUACAGGCUUCAGACCAACUCCGUCUACGAGUACUUAGAGAUGCGAUUCCACUGCGUCUGGGUCCGCCGAGUAGCCGCAGCCACUUUCCUCGUCCGCCAACUCUUGAACCUUGCUGUGACAGUCUUUACUCCAACGGUCGCCCUUCAUGCGGUACUAGCUUUGCCUCAUUGGGCGUCAGCUGCUGCGCUCACGGCAGUUGGGAUCGUGUUUAACCUGCUUGGAGGACUCUCUGCUGCUAUCAAAGCCGACGUGAUCCAAACCAUGACGAUGAUAUUAGUGAGCGGCGCCUUCAUAAUCCAAGCGACCAUCCGCGCCGGCGGCCCGCAGAAGGUUCUAGAAGACAAUAUAGAUGGAGGAAGACUGCAGUUCUUCAAAUUCCACUGGGACCCAACAAUACGCGUGGACACCCUGUCUGCCAUCGUGGGCCAACUCUUUAUGUCCCUCUCUAUCUAUGGCUGUCAACAGACCUUCGUUCAGCGCUACUGUUCCAUGAAUAGCGAGGCCCGAGUCCGGAGGACUCUGCUAGCUAAUGUCCCGGCUGUGGGGAUUCUCUUCAGCCUGUCUUGGGUUGUCGGUAUGGCGCUCUACGCUGUCUACAAAUACUGUGACCCUCUGAUGUCCGGCAGAAUCGCGGCUCCAGACGAGGUCCUGCCUUUCUACGUGCAGGAUCAAUUUGGAUUCUUGCCUGGGAUGCUGGGACUGUUCCUGGGAAGCUUGUUUAACGGAGCUUUGAGCUUCCUGGUAUCCAAUGUGAACUCUUUGGCUACGGUGACGUGGGAAGACUUUGUGUCUGCUGCACCAGCAUUCCAAGGCAUCUCUGAUAAGCAGCAGCUUACUGUGAUCAAGAUCAUUGGAGUCAUCUAUUCCCUCAUAAUCAUGUGCCUAUCCCUCUGCGUGGGCAUGGUCGGUGGCGUCAUCGAGGGCUCCAUGCUUGUCACCUCCGCCACCUCAGGAGCCCUACUCGGGGUCUUCGUGUUGGCCACCCUCUGUCCUGUCGCCAACGGGAAGGGAGCCUUGUGGGGCAUGAUUGCCGCACAUUUUAUUACGACCUGGAUGGCAGCUGGAAGAUUAUUUUAUGUGGAUACUAGUGUCGCUAUGCUGCCGUUGUCUGUUGAUGAGUGUCCCAACGGAACGAUGAACGUGUUCCACAAGCCACUGCCAGUCGGAGUGAACCAGACGCUGAUGCAGCUGGAACACCUACUGCAGAACAUGAACACGAGCCGCGUGUACGUUCCCCAGGAGUCUGUGAUCACCACGGCCCUCCAUAGCAUGUACUCCGUGUCCUACAUGUGGUACGCCGUCAUCGGCACCUUCACCUGCGUGAUCAUCGGGUGCAUCAUCGGAGCCAUCACCAGCACUGAUGCGGAUGUCUUCGAUGAGCGUCUGUUACAUCCGCUUGUUGCUACCAUUUAUAAUAAGAUGCCAGGAAAAAAACGCACCUACAGCAACGAGAAAACCAAAACUCCAGAAAAGGACUCCAGUGAAAAAACUGACGUCACAUUAGCUGAAGAUUUAAAAGAAACAAGCCCUGCCAGCAUCCACAGCCCUGAUGUAAAUAAUCGAGAAAAAGAACAGCCAGGUCCAAUAUUUGCAACGAAUAGUAGUAAAGAUGCGCCAACAGUAGAUAUUAAAAAGGCGUUUUUAAGUCCAGCUAAGAUUGCUAUAACAGCUGUAAAAACACAGCCUGAAGAGCCAAGUCCGGCUGCUUUUGCAACGACGAGUAGCAGACAUUUUGAUGCUUAUGAUACCAAUGUAAGAGGAUCACCGCUGCCGGUUAGGACACGGUUGUGAUACGUAUAUUAAUAUAAAGAUUUGUGAUAGAAUGUUAUUGUUAUAUUGUUAUAUGAGGAAUAUUACUGAGGAGAGAAAGGUCAUUGUCAAUGAUAGUAAUUUUAAAAUGUCUGAUUUGUAGAAGUUUUCAGAACUAAUAAAACGGCGGUACUACUAAACAAAAUUAAUAACUAGCUUAAAUCUAAAACAGGCCCUUGAGGCACUGUACCAAGGAUACUGGCGGCAUUUCCUCACUGUAUCGCAAUGCUGAUACGUUGUGCGAAGUAGCCGCCAGCUUCGGUCACCAGCGUCAACCAGAUGCUUCGCGAUUUCUGCGAACAAUUUGUGCGCGCUGGGACUCCAUGGACCUAGAGUCUGAAACGGCUAGAUUUUAAAUUGGUUUUUUUCAGUAUUCGUAUAUAUUAACGCAAACAUAAGUGUAUCAAAAGUAGAAAUAUUUUCUAAGAAUGGUUCCUUAAAUUUGAUGGUAUGGACUUGCCUUAGACGUAAAGCAUUUUUAGAUGUGAACCUCACACAAGGCGCAGAUAUAAAUAUUAUAGUCUGUAACACAUUGGAGCUCCAUGUGCUACAAGAACUGCUUCUGACUGUACUAUUCUCAGCUUUGUGUGUUUAGCUUUAGUUAUGCUAUAGAAUGGUUAAAUUAACCAUUUUAAUAUUUAGUUUCCUAAUGUUGAUCUGUGGUACUUAAAGUGCCUGUAUCUAAUUAAUAUUUGUUCUUAAGAAUGAAGGCUUUCAGUAUUUGGGCUGAUAAAUGACUAAUUUAUAAGUUUGAAAUAUUCAUUAAAUCAUUUAUGUAAAUGAUUAUUAUAAGAAUGAUAAAAAAUAGAGGAUUUUGAAAACGCAUGAUCCAAUAAUUCGUUAAAAUUUAUCAAAAUUAAAGGUUCUGGCCCUAUGGUUUUUAAAUUUAGAAUCGAAAAUAAUAGAAUAGAAAUAAUGUAAUUCAGUCAACACAUUAAUACAAAUAACACAGAGAGAAUAAAAGAAGAAGUAAAUAAAACAGAAAUAGAGAUGUGAAGCUGAAAUGGUGUUAGCCAUUUGCAAAAAUUACAUAAUUCUACUUAUUCAGUCGGGGCAAGUGCGUCCAUACGAGCAAACUGCGCUUAACAUACAACAUAAAAUAAAUGAUUAGAGGUAAGAGGAGGCAAGGGAGCGAUUUAUCAUAUGUAACCUAGAUAGGUUAGGCUUGGGUUAGGCGCAUUUGUCUCUAUAGGCGUGUUUGCCCCGACUUAUUAAGAGCCAACGGGAGUGGUCAUUUCUCCAUACAAACGUACUCCUCGUUUUCCUCCGUGGUUUUUGAAGCUAGAGCAAUGAUUUUUUCAACACAG